AUGUCGAGCUCGGGCACAUCUGAGGAGAGCGAAAGGAUCUUCGUGUCUCUGGGCAUGUUCAUCAUCGACGACUUCCAGUUCCACGACGAGAAUGAUAAGCCAACCGGGCGGACGCUCCCUCCCCAGAUUGGAGGUGGGGGGACAUAUGCUACUGUGGGCGCACGUAUAUGGCUCCCCGCCGAGAAAGUGGGCAUGAUCAUUGAUAGAGGCCAUGACUUCCCGGAGGACAUACAGAAGAAACUAGACACAUAUGGCACGGAUACGUGGCUCUACAGGGACGACCAGCAGCGCGUCACUACCCGUGCUCUCAAUUCAUAUCGAGGUGAUUAUAGAGGGUUUCAAUAUACCACACCUCGUGUCAGGAUCACGCCCAGAGACCUGUCUAGGACUAAGCUCUACAGGCCGAAGAUGCUCCAUUUCAUCUGCUCCCCAACACGAGCUGCUGCGAUUGUGUCUGACAUAGAGAAAGAACUGGACUGGAAGCCAAUCACCAUAUACGAACCAAUCCCCGACAGAUGCGUACCUGAAGAACUACCCGCGCUGAUAGAAGUGCUUUCCUCCAUAUCGAUAUUGAGCCCCAAUGCCGAGGAAGCUAUGUCGUUGCUCUCCAUGACAGGUGCACCUACGAAGUCCCUCGUAGAGACUGCGUGUGCGAGGCUACUCGAUUAUGGAGUCGGGCAAGACGGCACGGGCACGGUCAUCAUCCGCAGCGGUGCGAUGGGGGCGUACGUGGCAAGUAGAAGCAAGCCUGGACGAUGGGUCCCUGCUUUCUGGACCUCGGAAGAUGCAUCGAAGCAUGUGGUCGAUGUCACAGGUGCUGGCAAUAGUUUCCUCGGAGGUCUUGCGGCUGGAUUGUACGAGACUGCAGGGGACGCAUACCAAGCUACUUUAUACGGCACUGUAUCAGCUUCGUUCGUAAUCGAGCAAGAAGGCCUGCCCAGGCUAAUGCAGACCCCUGACCACACCGGUCACGAACUCGAGGAAUGGAACGGAGAUUUGCCUCGAAGGAGGCUAAGGGAUUUACAGGACCGACUGCAGAAGAUUACAUACUAG